CCGUCGUGUCUCCGGUGCUUUCCUUCCUUACCCCGUCAGUUUCUUGACUUUCCUUCCCACUCCUGCGCAGCUCUGGUCCCAGUUUUCUACUCCCUCUCCCUCGCCUGUCUUCUGGUCAACAUGUCGGAGUACAACGCGGUACCGCCGCCCGGCUCCGGGGCUCCUCUCGGCGGACAGGCAGCUCUCGGUAACGGAGCAGGAGGCAUCAAGAAAGAUGCGUUUGCGGACGCGGUGCAGCGGGCCCGGCAGAUUGCGGCCAAGAUCGGGGGUGAUGCUGGUCCUCCCAUGAACAACAGCACCGCAUCAGACAGCUUUCCAUUCACGGCACAGAAACGACAGCUGGAGGAUGCAGAUGAACCAGAGAGCAAGAAACUGGCUGCACAGAGUGACAUGGAUUCAGCUAAAGCACUGUCUAUUGGCGCUCAGCUCGCUGCUCUUGCACAACAAAGGCCCGCCUCCACCACAGAGGAGUACAGCGUUCCAGACAGCAUGGUGGGACUCAUUAUCGGCCGUGGAGGUGAACAGAUCAAUAAAAUUCAACAGGAGUCAGGUUGCAAGGUUCAGAUUGCUCCAGACAGUGGAGGCCUUCCAGAGAGGAGCGUCUCUCUCACAGGCUCCCACGACUCCAUACAGAAAGCCAAGAGGCUUUUGGAUGAGAUAGUGUCGCGAGGCAGGGGCACGCCCCCUUCUUCUUUUCACGAGUCCACCAACGGGCAGAACGGCACGGUCCACGAGAUGAUGAUCCCAGCUGGCAAGGCUGGCCUCGUCAUCGGCAAGGGAGGAGAGACCAUCAAACAGCUGCAGGAGCGUGCAGGGGUGAAGAUGAUCCUGAUCCAGGAUGCCUCUCAGGGACCCAAUGUUGACAAACCGCUGCGCAUUAUUGGAGAUCCAUACAAAGUCCAGCAAGCCCAGGAAAUGGUGCAGGAGAUUCUGAGGGAGAGAGACCACGGUGGCUUCAGUGAAAGAAAUGACUUCGGCUCCAGAAUGGGAGGAGGCAUGGAUAUCCCGGUACCGCGACACUCAGUCGGUGUUGUCAUCGGACGCAACGGAGAGAUGAUCAAGAAGAUCCAGAAUGAUGCUGGAGUGAGGAUACAGUUCAAACAAGAUGACGGGACUGGUCCAGAUAAGAUCGCCCACAUUAGCGGUCCUCCUGAGCGCUGUGAACAUGCUGCACAGAUCAUCAACGACCUGCUGCAGAGCAUCAGGGUCAGGGAGGAGGGCCAGGGGGGUCCCCCAGGUCCUCCAGGCAUGCCUGCAGGCAACAGGGGCCGGGGCGGGGGACAAGGUGGCUGGGGUCCCCCCGGAGGGGAAAUGACAUUCUCUAUUCCCGCCCACAAGUGUGGGCUCGUGAUCGGCCGGGGAGGAGAGAACGUCAAGUCCAUCAACCAGCAGACAGGGGCCUUUGUGGAAAUCUCUCGGCAGCCGCCCCCCAACGGAGACCCCAACUUCAAGCUGUUCAUCAUCCGGGGCUCACCACAGCAGAUCGACCACGCCAAGCAGCUCAUUGAAGAGAAGAUUGAGGGUCCUCUGUGUCCUGUGGGUCCGGGGCCAGGCGGACCAGGUCCCGCUGGUCCAAUGGGUCCCUACAACCCCAACCCAUACAACCCCGGACCACCGGGGGCCCCUGGACCACCACAUGGUGGCCCUCCAGGUCCUCACCAGUACAAUCCUCAGGGCUGGAGCAACACCUACCAGCAGUGGCAGCCCCAGGCACCACAUGACCCCAGCAAGGCAGCAGCCAAUGACCCUAACGCAGCCUGGGCAGCCUACUACGCUCAGUACUACCAGCAGCCGUCUGGGGCUGUGCCAGCCCAGUACCCCGCAAACCCAACAGGAGGUGCCCAAACGUCAGGGGACCAGACCCAGCCCGCACAGACGCCGGGGGGCCAGCCAGACUACACCAAGGCCUGGGAGGAGUACUACAAGAAGAUGGCCCAGGCAGGUGGCUCCGUCCCAGGAACACCAGCUGCGGUCCCAGGAGCAGCAGGGGGAGCAGCAUCCACGACGGGAGGCCAGCCGGACUACAGCGCAGCCUGGGCGGAGUACUACAGGCAGCAGGCCGCGUACUACGGACAGACGGGACAGGCUCCCGGCCAGCCGGCCGCUCCUCAGCAAGGACAGACGCAGUGAGAGUUCAUAACAGAAGGUCUGAUCCUGGAGAGAAUCAAGAAGACAGGAUGAACAGGACAACCCUGAACUUUAGGCCAAGAUCUACGCUGUUAAGUUUUUUUUUCCUUCUCUUUAUUCUGAGUGGAAGUUAAACCCUUCCUCACCACCAAACAUCACCUGGAUACUUUUUAAUAAAAAUGUGAACUGAACAGACGUUGUAGUGCUUUGCUCCCGAGGGGAGGGAUAAGACUGAUGAUCCCGUCAUGGCAGGUACACAAAGCUUCUUAAUGCCUCUGCAUACAUUUAUAUAUGCCAAUAUAAACGAUGGAAGCCUUGAAAUGCCAGUACAUCUAUCUCAUCUUUCUUUUAUUAUCUUCUUAAGACAUCUAAGUCGCAUUUUUAAAGCCCUAACCUUCAUAUCACAGUGUUAUAUUUACUGAAUUGCACAGAGUUAUUAGAACUAUAAUCGCAUUGUGUAUCUGGUACAGGUAAUAAAUCAGAGAAAUCCUUUUUAAAGCUCAUUUGUUCGCUCAGUGUUUGGUUUUUUUUUGUUUUUUUAAUUACAUCUCCCUCUGGUGAGGCUUGCAUGGUGUAAAUUUGAAUUUCUCUUUUCUUUUGCUUAUGAAUGUGUUUCCAUAUUUUGUACGAGUGAAACGGUCUCACAAAGUACGAGUAGGACUCCACAGUUUUGAUUCAUGCAUGUGGGACGACCGAUCAUUUUUGAAAGUCGGUAGAAGUAGAUGAAAAAACUGCUAAUGAAGAGCAGGCCCACCUUUUACAUGUAGAACAGCUUCAGUGAACCUUCUUUACUUUAAUGACGUCAAAGUAUUUUCCAAGAUGCAAAGCCAUGAGAUGUUUGAGGUAUGAAACGUGGAAAUGUGGUUUUACGUCAGAUAUUCACAUAAGGAAAUAAGGUUUUUAUAAAGAUGUUUUACUCAGUGAGGCAAUGAAAGACUGGUGGUGUUUUUUUUAUGGCUCAUAGGUUGCAGAAAUGAUGUGCCAUACACCAGGUUACGUGUCUUUGUUUUGGCGUCGGACGCAAGUGGCUAAUAUAGUAUGCUUGGUUCAUGUUGUCAUGUUUCCAGACUUUUCUCCUUGCCUCAGUUUGUUUUGCAUUUUUACACAUGUCCAUUUGCAGUUUGAUCACCUCUCUUUUGCUUCUUCAAAUGUCCAUUCUGGGUUUUUAAAAAAACAAAAACAAAACACUGACUUACUGUGGAUGGAAGGCCAAAGUGCAAAGAAAAAGAUGCAUUUUAAACUUGGCCAGCUUGGUGUUCUGUAUUGCUUGGACAACUCUAAAAGGGAUUGUCACACUUUCUAAAACCCAACGUGUACUUCCAGUGGGCAUUCACCUCGAAGCAACUGUGCAUAUGUCUUUGUCAUGUAGUGACUUGUGUAAAGUGUUAAGUGUGGUGUUCUUCACGUGGAGGUCCUGUCACCCUCUGUAGUUCACACAUCUGCCAGUUCUCCUACAGUGGGAACCUGUCACAUAAGGUUUCAUUCAGACCAUCGGAGCCAUGCUGCGAUUUCUGUUUCAUCUCAAGGCUGCAUGUUACUGCUUUUUUUUUUUUUUUACUUUGGUUUUUAUGAAUGCCAACAACCACCUGAUGAUCUUUUGCCUUCCCAUAUUGUCCUUGUUUGUGUGCAAAUGAAUGAAAUUUAGUCUUCCAAUGUGUCCCAUUUUAAGAUAUAUUGUAUAUGUACAUAUAUUCAGCAAUAUAAAGGCUGUUGGUUUUGACUUACAGAGAUGUAUCAGGUAUGAUUCUUGUAUUCUGAACGGCAGCUGUGAGCCUGCCUUCGGCAGCAGUGUUGAUAUUGUUAAUAACUGACCACCAGCAGCAAUACUCUGAAUUAAAAAGGGGCAUAUGUCAAUUACUUUAAAA